AUGCUCUCCGCCGUCUUGCGCAUGGUCCACUUCCUGAUUGUCAACAUCAUCGGCUGCCUCGUCCUCAUCGCGAUCUUCGUCCACGAGCCGACUUUCAAAGCCAUCCACGAAGCGCUGUUCUACGUGCACAUCGCUGCGCGCUUCGCGUUCCUAUAUCUCCGACUCCAGUUCCGGUACUUAAUCGCAAAUUCGACCGACCUGACGACCUGGCUCGCCUCGUAUGGCCGCGAGGUCCUCGUCUUCUCCGCGCCAGCCCUUCGACCGGUCCUUCCUUGGGCGACGCGCUUCGGCACACAGACCGUGCACCUCAGCCCGCGCUUCUUGUGUUAUGUUAAUGGUGGAGUGGUGGAGGCCGGAAAGUACGUGGUUGAUGUCGUUAUGGGCAAGGAUGCUGGUGAGCUGAAAGACAUGUGGAAGGCUGUGGGCAAGGAGGUUGCUGGAUUCUGCAAGGCGGAUUCGAAGAUCUGGGCGGCGGUUGGUCUUUGA